AUGGAAGAGGAUCAAGAGCACCUUGAACUACUGAAAUUGCUAGCUCGCUAUGACCUCUUACUAGAACAGUUGCAAAAGAGUAUGAGAGAGGGAUUUCAAAACUUGGGAAGGGCCAAUUAUCAUAAUAAAGAUACGCUAAGAGGCAGGUACGGAUCAGAUUACUGGGAUGAAGCCUACGAGGGUCAGUUAAGCGUAGAGAGAGGUACUGACGGAAGGAUAAGUUUUGUAAAAGUUAAACUGGAUGAGGAUGAGAAAGAAGAACCUAUUGUGGAUGAGAAAGUCGAUGAAAAGUUGCAUGAUGAGGCUAAUCUACGUAAGAGGAAUCGCGAAGCUAAAGAGAAGAAAUUAAAGAAAUUACGACAUAGGGAUCCUCUAACGAUGUUUGGAGGAGCAUUUUCGAUACCUCAAUCAUUGAGACAAUGUCAGAUGAAUUUCAAGGGCCUUUUUCCACUGAUCGAAGAGUUAAUCAAUUGUAAAACAGCGAUGACUGAGGUUAUGACUAAACUGGAAACAUCUAACAAUUAA